CGCACGGUCACGCACGUGCGUCCUCGGUUACGCACGCGAUUCGUCGGUUGUGCUUGCGCACCAGCACUGGCAGUUACAGAAAGGAAAUCAUCUAUUACAAUCUGCCCAGUGUGUCAAAUUCAAGUGUUUUUUAUGGAAUGGAGGAAGUUGCGCCCUUCAUUUCUAAAGAAUUUGUUCCGGUCUGCUAUUAAUUGCUAGGGUGAAGUGAAACCAACAAAAUGUCUGACACCACCCCUAUAGCGGCGACACAAUCCCAACAUUUCUAGAACUCCCCAGCAAUACUGCUGCGUCACUUCGCUGACCUUCACUCACAGAGCCGUAAUAGUCACGUUGGGGGAGUGGCCAAAUGAGCCGAAGGUUAGAUAAGGCAAGGGGAGGGGCAGUGACGUCACCAGAAGUGUGGCGACUGUUUGAAGGACACAGAACGAGGAAGAUUGUGUCGAACUCUCUUCAGCCAUGCCAAGAGGAAGCCGAAGCCGCACGUCCAGGGUAGCGCCCCCGGCCAGCAGAGCCCCAGUUAUGAGAUCUGCACCCCGACCUGCAGCUCACCCACCUGCACCUGUUGCUCCUGCUCCUUCUGCCCUUGCUCCAGCCGCAGCACCCAGACAACCAGGUCUCAUGGCACAAAUGGCUACAACUGCCGCGGGGGUGGCUGUGGGCUCUGCCGUGGGACACACACUAGGCCAUGCCAUUACUGGUGGAUUUGGUGGAGGAAGCAGCUCUGAGCCAGCAAGGACAGAUGUCACAUAUCAGGAACCAGCACAGCCAAUGUAUCAGCAACAGCAGCAGCAAUCCCAGUAUACACCAUGCCAGUAUGAGAUGAAGCAAUUUCUUGAAUGUGCUCAGAAUCAAAGUGACCUAAAACUCUGCGAGGGAUUUGGGGAAGUUCUUAAACAAUGCCGUUUUGCAAAUGGCUUAUAACAAACCUGGAAAAUCAAGAUGGAAUCUAUGUACUUUUGGAAAUAAGGAGCACAUUGUUUUGGAAUUGACCUGUGGUGUUUAAUUAGAUGAGGCUUUAAUCUGUUGGCACAUUAGCAGUUUGCCCACCCCCUCCUCCAGUUGAAUUAUGUUGCUGGAGAUAAGUGUCCAUAUGCUAUUGGCCUUAACCUUGUCUUAAAUCUCAUCGACUCAACCAUUUUUGACCAGAAAAAGAACAGCUGGUUGGGAACAUCUGGAAAUGAAAACUGCACUAGAUUGUGGAUAUGACGACUGAAUUUUGGCCAGUGAGAUGUUUGUUGCUAUUGAUUAUAGCAUUUCUUAUUUUAAAAUAAAUUGUAUCCAUGUUA